AUGACGAAGUCCUCAGUUUGGUUGAUUACCGGCACCACCUCUGGCAUGGGGGCUGCCAUGAUGGAACAGUUUGCCGCUCGAGGAGACCGGGUCAUCGCAACCGGACGAAGCGCCAGCGCCCGGCUGGCAGAAAAGAAAUCGGGCAACAUCUCCCCCAUGGAUCUUGACUCUACGUCCUCUCUGGCCGUUAUCAAGGAACAGAUUGAGAAGGCAAUCCAGAUUUAUGGUCAUAUUGACUUUGUUGUGCUCAAUGCCGGAAUCUCGGUGCCUCAAACGAUCGAAGAGGCAGACGAUGCCUUUACCCAGAAGAUGCUCGAUACCAAUCUCGUUGGCGCAAUGAGGCUGGUUCAGGCCGUACUCCCCCAUUUUCGAGAGAGGAAGGCGGGUACAUUCGCCUUCAUAGGCUCAGGAAUGGGAUGGGAAGCCUACCCGUUCUUCACUCAUUAUGGAGUCGCCAAAGCUGGUCUUUCUGCCUUUGCCGAAAACCUCCAAAAGGAAACAGCUCAUCUAGGACUCAAGACUGUUAUCUUUGAGCCUGGAGCCUUUGUGACUGGAAUAGGACAAGCCCGGACAGCAGCUGAUGAGGGUGUUGGUGGCGCCCCCGAUCUUGUGGAUUACCAAGGCCUUUUUGGCGAGGUCAUGGGAAGGUUCGCGACUGACUUGUCCGGAAGCAUUCCGUCAACUGUCGAGAAACUUCCCACGGCCGUUUGGGACGUAGUCAAGGGAGAAGGCAUGGCCUCGGGCAAGCCCUUUCCUAUUCGUGUACCCUUGGGUCUGGACGCUCUGGCUGUUAUCAGGCAGAAAUGUCGCGAACAACUCCAGCUAUGUGACGAAUGGGAGGAGGUCGCGCUGAGCACGACGAAAGAGGGAGCUAAUCCUACUCCUCCCACAUACCUGAUGGAGAAACUUUCGAUUUUGAACUUGACGAACUGA